AUGCGGCCAUGGACUGGUUCCUGGCGUUGGAUUAUGCUCAUCCUCUUUGCUUGGGGAACUUUACUCUUUUAUAUUGGUGGACACUUGGUACGAGACAGUGAACAUCCAGAUCACUCUAGUCGUGAAUUAUCCAAGAUACUUGCUAAACUUGAACGUUUAAAGCAGCAAAAUGAAGACUUAAGGCGGAUGGCAGAAUCUCUCAGGAUACCAGAUGGUCCCAUUGAUCAGGGACCAGCUGCAGGAAAGGUACAUGCUUUAGAGGAGCAACUUUUGAAGGCCAAAGAACAGAUAGAAAACUAUAAGAAGAGGACAGGAGAUGGAGGCCUCGGAAAAGACCAUGAAAUUUUGAGGAGGAGGAUUGAAAAUGGGGCUAAGGAACUUUGGUUUUUCCUCCAGAGUGAGUUGAAGAAACUGAAAAAUCUAGAAGGAAAUGAACUACAAAGACGCAUUGAUGAAUUUCUGUCUGAUUUGGGUCAUCAGGAAAGGUCAAUCAUGACCGACUUGUACUACCUCAGUCAAACAGAUGGAGCAGGAGAUUGGCGAGAAAAAGAGGCCAAAGAUCUAACAGAUUUGGUACAGAGGAGAAUAACUUAUUUACAGAACCCGAAGGAUUGCAGCAAAGCCAAGAAACUGGUGUGUAAUAUCAACAAAGGCUGUGGCUAUGGUUGUCAGCUCCAUCAUGUCGUCUACUGUUUCAUGAUCGCUUACGGCACUCAGCGAACACUCAUUUUAGAGUCUCAGAACUGGCGCUACGCUACCGGCGGGUGGGAGACUGUCUUUAGGCCUGUGAGCGAGACGUGUACUGACAGAUCAGGUACCACCACUGGACACUGGUCAGGUGAGGCUAAUGAUAAGGAUGUUCAGGUGGUGGAACUUCCCAUUGUUGACAGCUUACACCCACGGCCACCUUAUUUACCGUUGGCUGUCCCCGAAGACCUGGCUGAUCGGCUCAUUCGUGUCCAUGGGGAUCCUGCGGUGUGGUGGGUCUCGCAGUUUGUGAAAUACUUGAUUCGUCCACAGCCUUGGUUAGAAAAAGAAAUAGAGGAAGCCACAAGGAAACUUGGUUUCAAACAUCCAGUGAUCGGUGUGCACGUCCGAAGGACAGACAAAGUAGGAACAGAGGCAGCAUUUCAUCCCAUUGAAGAAUAUAUGGUACAUGUUGAAGAACGGUUUGAACUUCUUGCUCGCAGAAUGCGCGUUGACAAAAAGAGAGUGUAUUUGGCUACAGAUGACCCUUCAUUGUUGCAAGAGGCUAAAUCCAAGUAUCCAAAUUACGAAUUUAUCAGUGAUAACUCCAUAUCCUGGUCAGCAGGACUUCAUAACCGAUACACGGAAAACUCCCUGAGAGGUGUUAUUCUGGAUAUUCACUUUUUGUCUCAGGCAGACUUCCUGGUCUGUACAUUUUCAUCCCAGGUUUGUCGAGUUGCCUACGAAAUUAUGCAGACGUUGCAUCCAGAUGCUUCAGCCUAUUUCCAUUCUUUGGAUGAUAUCUACUACUUUGGGGGACAGAAUGCCCACAACCAGGUUGCUAUUUAUGCUCAUCAUCCACGAACUGCUGAUGAAAUCCCUAUGGAACCUGGAGAUAUAAUCGGCGUAGCUGGAAACCACUGGGAUGGUUAUUCCAAAGGCAUCAACAGGAAAUUAGGAAGAACAGGCCUGUACCCAUCAUAUAAAGUUAAGGAGAAAAUUGAAACAGUCAAGUACCCUACAUACCCAGAGGCUGACAAGUAGAUUCAAAAGAAGACAUUUGACAGUGAUUCUCAAUUUUGAUUGGUUCGAACCAGUCGAUGCACUAACUAAUGGUUUAUAUGGGAUUUGAAUAUGCAUUUUAACAUGCAGUUAAAAUCAAAGCCUUUAGUAAUGAAACUGGAUAAGAAGCUGAGAACAAAUGGAUGGGCUAUUACCUGAACUUACUCUGAAAACAUUUUUUGUUAUAUGCACUCUCACACAUGCACACACAAACCCACACGCAACAGGAAAACUGUUGUUUUAUACUAUUUGUCUCUUUUCAGGAUUUGUCCCUGUCAUUAGUCUUACAUGAGCUUUGGGCUCUUUUCUCUGCCAUUAAUUGACAAUAAUGUUUAGACUUAUAACACUGCCACAUUGUGUAAUUUGAGUGACAUGAACAUAUUUUGUAUGUGCAAAAUUUAAAACAUGGUGCCUAUAUUUGAAAAAUUUGUGACCUUUUUAGAAGAGCCAUGCCUGUUUCCCAAUGGGCAAGAGUCAGUCUUCAACUGGUGUUACCUUGACCACUGAACUUGCUUCAAACAACAGAUUCAGAUUUCAGACUAGAUUUCUUUACAAGUUUAUUUUUAGCAUUUCAUUGAUUACUUCUCAUCAUUAAUAAAAUAAAGGAUACAUCCAACAAUAAAAUA